CAUGUAUGCAAUUAAUUAAAUUUAGUAUAAAUAACACUUCAAAUAUUAAAAUUAACUAGUUAAGAUUUUAACGUUAAACUAAACUACUCAAACAAAAUCAACAUGUUCAAAUUCAUCGCUGUCUGCUUCUUUGCUUUGUUUGCUGUUGCUGCCGCUAAACCUGGUGUUGUAGCUCCUUUGGCUUAUAGCGCUCCCUUGGCUUACACAGCUCCUGCCGCCGCUGUUGUUGGUCAUGCUUCUUAUGUAGCUCCCUAUGCCUCCAGCUACAAUGCCCACUCUGUUGCUCAUUCUGCCGCCUUCCCUGCCGCUUAUGCUGCUGCUCCUGUCGUAGCUGCUUCUCCUUAUGUUGCCUCUCCUUAUGUUGCAUCUCCUUAUGUUGCCUCUCCUUAUGUUGCUGCCUCAGCUCCCUUGCUCUUGAAGUAAACUGUGAUUUAAAUUUGUUUUUGUUGUUGAUGGUGAAAUAAACUUAAAAGUGAUAUGUUAAAAUAUUAAA